GGAGCGGUUCAAUAAGAUGCGUUACCUAAUUUCGAUCGGCAAUUUCUACGAUCAGCCGGCAGAUGACGUCAAUACGCGGAGAGGCAGCGAGAGACGAAACCACCCAAUCGCACCUAGCGCACAGCGCACAGUCGUUCAUCACCUUUCGGAGUUGCUAUGAUGCCCAUUUUUUUGACAUAUUUGUCGAUCGCUAUGUUUGCCUUUCACAUUACGGCUUAGCUUUUCAUCCGUAACGCGUACCGUAGCGUUCCCGUUGAUCGACGGUUACACGCGCCCGAUUUUCCAUGCCGCACGUGCAUCGUAUCGGCUUGCAAUUGAUCCGCUCCGAGAACAUACCUAGGAUGAGCUGGUUCUGGAGAACGGCGAUGGAAAAUUCGUCUGGUUUUUGACAGAAGUUAUCAAUGCGCCUCCGAACGAAUCCCCGCGAAAACGGACGUGUUAUGGGUUCCCGCUGCCGCUAAAUAUAGCGCUGACAAGCGUCGCUAUGUUGCAAUGUCAAUGGGAGCGAAAGAAAAUGUGAAUGGUAAUCCAUCUGUAAAAAUAUGGUAAUUUAUUCUUCGUGAGUAAACUUUCGGUUGUCUUGCUUGAGCAGCGUAGUUUGUCAAGUUGAUCAAACGUGACUGACAGUUCAUCUUAUUAACCGUGUCAUAACAAUUUUGUCAAAAAUUUAUCGCGGAAUAUCUAUGCUUUUAAUAGUUACAAUUGUUGCUGUUGCAAACCUUAAACAUGUACUAUGAAUAAAUCGUUUGGUGCAGGAAAUAAACCUUUACCAUUGUUUACUUAAUGAAUCACAUGGAUCUAAAUUGAUGCAUGAAUUUUAGACAAGGUGUGACACUGCGGCUAUUAAAGAAUUCUAUUUUUUCACUUUUAGUAUAUAAGGAAUAAGCGUGCUGUGGAAACUGUAAAUAUGUUGGCCUGAGAGAGAUAUCAUCUGUGCAAGAUGAGAUUCAACAAGCAGGAACUGCUGACUCUGGCCACACAGCCUUCACAGAAAUUCGAGAAAGAGGGCAUCCUGUAUGUGAGAGAGCGGCAGGAAGGCUUUUUUCGCAGAACAGAAAGUACAGGUAAAAAACCUGAGAACAAAAAUCAGAGAGGAAGAUCGCAUAAAAGUCUACGAGACCUCAAUUGCGUUACAGCCGGUGCGAGCAAAGUAAGUCUUGAACGAUGGUGCAGGCUACGAGGCAAUCUUCUGUUCUAUUUCAAAUCGCGGGAGCAGUGGUCGGAGCCGCUGGGAGUGAUCAUACUGGAGCAGUGCUCGGUCCGUGCGGAUUUGCCCAGCAACCACGUCCCUUACGGAUUCAGCAUAGUUUUCGACGGAGGCUUGUUUCAACAGUUAGGCGCGAACACGGCCGAGGAGCGUGACAGUUGGUUGCAGGCGCUGCAGUUAGCCAGCUACGAGUGUAUGCGGAGCCAGUUGCUGUCGUUGCGGCAGCGCAUCGAGGCCUUUAGCGGGCACAAACACGACACCGAUAUUCAGAUGUUGCGGUUGCAACGGGGGACCUUCACAGAUCCAGCGGAAGUACCAAUGUGCGAGAUAUCGUUAGCCUGUGACAAUCUGCUGUGCGACGGCCACGGCCGACCACCCACUCCCGUUUUAGAGAUAGAUGUACAGUCGAAAUCUUCCAAGACGUGGAUUAAGUACGCACGGACGGAAGUCGUGGAGCAAAGCAGUAAUCCAAGUUUCUUAACUACGGUAAGCUUUCGCGCUAGCGACGGCUUGACCACUGAAACGAAGAUUAGGAUAACCGCGUACGACGUCAGAGAAAGGGUCAGCCAGACCGCGACUCCGAUAGGCAGCGCGAUAGUGACGUUCAGCACGGUACAAGAUACUCCGAGAUUAAGGAUACCAUUAAAGUCAGCGAAAACAACGACAGUCGGAUUUCUAACGAUCAACGUAUGGAACUUGGAAGCCGAAGAUAAAGGGAACAGCACAGAGAGCACACCCUCGCGAAAUGCAGUAUACAGCAGUAACAGCACACAACUGCCUUCGCACAGACGCUCGCAAUCGCUGCCUCCUAGAUUAGGAACGAAAAUCAAAUUCCCGCAUCAGGGUCAGCUAAAACUUCUCUUCGCAAAUCCAUUCGUGCAGACUUACAGAUUCCAUUCCGGAUUGGGAGGUGAUAUAUGCGUUCACGAGAUUAUGGCGGAGAGCAAGCUCUGUUUUCAGUUUCCUCAACAUUUGCUUGGUAUCUGGAUACAGGAGGAAAAGGAAUUACUGCAGGAAGUGGCUGGAAUGGGAGAACUGAGGGAGCCUUGGCACAUGAAGCAGAUUGAAUUGCUUGAUCGACAUCUCCACUUGUUACAUUUGUAUUCUCAAGCCAAAGAAAACUUAGCUGCCUACAAAGGAAGUUAUUUUAAGCAGUCGUCACGGAAAAACGACCGUACGCUCGAAUUCGCGCCUUUGAACUUACAUCUUCAAAGAAUGUGGGUUCACAACGAUACGUUAAACAAAUGCGGUUUCUACGAUUUUAUCAGCGUCGGAGCAUUUACUGCUCAUUCACACAAGAGCAAAAACGGUGGACUUAUAAGACUAGUGCAGGCCUUGAAGGAGUCGCCAAUGCGGAGCAAUCAAUUGUAUCAAGGAACAUCCAAGAUCACAAUGGCGCACGACGCCAUCCAGGCGAUCAAGCAAUUACGCCGAGACGUCGUGGAAGCGAUGAGAUCCCUGAUGAAACUUGCCAAAGAGAAACAAACGAGCGGCAUGUUGCCGAUAUGCGAGGACAUGAUUACGAAGACCAGGAUCUUGCUUAGCCUUUGGGAUCCCGGUUUGGUGGAGGAAGCACUGAGAUUCCUCGAGGAAUUCAAAGUCGCCAAAAUCCAAGAGGACUCGAACACGACCGCGGACAACGCUCUAACGCUGGAGGCUCUAACGCUUAAGGCGAAUCAGUCGUUGUCGCCGUUCAAGCGGAUCACGCAGCAGCUGCACUUCGAUUUGAGGAGUCCCGAUUUCGAUGAUUUCGUCACGCCCGAUACGCCCGAGUGCGUGCAGGAUAUUUGGUCGAAGAGCGCCAUGAAAAAUGGCGAGUACACUCCCCUACCGUAUUCGAGAAACGAUGUGCACAACAACAGUAAUGCGGCCGGCGAGGAUGACGCUGCGGAAGAGAAUUUCGUGAUAUUCCCGGAUGUGGAGGACGAUCUCAAACAGAACUCGGAAGUGAACUCCGACGAGGGUAUUCAGCGAUGUCAUGACGGCGAGAAAAAAGACGGCUACGACGACGAGAGGGAAGACUUGAGGAACGAUGCCGAUCCGUGCCGGCGUUUCCUCGACACGCAGAAGAUGUGCAACUCGCCGUCCGCGAAUUAUUACAAGCCGACGGACGAGCCGGAGCCGUGGGAUCUGACUCAGCUGAAUAUUGAAGCGAGCGUCAUGUGCCUCGUGUCGAAGGUGAAGUUCCUUUGCGGCAGAUGCAGCAGCCCGGCGGUGCGACUACGUAACAAGGGCAGUCUGGGCAGAUCGCAGAGUCUCAAAGGCUGCCUGCCGAGCAAUCGACACAAUGCCGAGGUCGUCACGAUCCAGCCGAAGAACGGUAUUAAAUGCGAGGAAUCGAACAAAUUGCUGGACGAAUCGAAUGAGCGACAGCAGUCCAGUCCAGGAUUGGAGAAACCAGCGUUUUCCAAAGCGAAAGAAGUGUGCCAAGCGGUCGACUCGAUGACGCGCGUGAUCAAAAGUAACUCGGGAGGGCAGAGGAACAAGUUCACGGAGGGCUUGGACUUCGAGUCUAUCGUCGAUUGGACGAGCGAACUCAGGCCGAGCAUGAAGAAGCUGCGCCAAGCUAUGGACGGCUUGUUGAAGACUGCUAGGUUGACGCACUCGGUAUUCCGCGUGCAGGAAGACUCGAAGGCAGCGCAGCGUGCCUGCAAUGUCCGAUACCGGCGAGACGUUUGCUUCAGCCAGGCGCUUACCGCCUUAGUGACCGGCAUAAUGGCGAAACUAUGGUGCCAACGGCCCGAUCCGAUGUUUCUACUCAUACUUACAACUUUGGGACCACUGGUCUCUUUCGAGGGCCUUCUUAGCUAUUAUGGAGAUGAGAUAGAUAUGUGGGGUGACAUGGCCGUAGCGGUGGAAGACACGCACACCGUCACGUUUACUCUGUCCAGAUGUGGCAUCCAACCCAGAGUCGAGGGGAAAUCCAACGUGUUACAACUGCCCCUGCCACGUGUAGUGGGAUCACGGAGUGCGUUGACGGUGAUACUUCCGGUUCCGGACGCGAUUUAUUCCCUCUUGCCAUUAGUGCCGUCCUCUAGGCAAACGUUGUCGUUCAACGUGACACCGGUAUUCUUCAACGUCGGUAUCAACGAAAUGGCUUCUUUGGCCGAGAGCCUUGGCACUACGAAGCCGCAGGAAAAAAGCAAUAUGGACAACUUUGACAGACUGAACGAGUAUUAUUUGCGAUUUAAGAAGCUGAAUUUACCAACGGAACCUGCAUCCACGCGCUUUGCCACAAGAUCGAUGAUCCUAGGCCACACGUUAUCGGACAUGAUGUCCAACCUAAAGACAUGCGUGCAAGAAAAGAUCAACAAGAACGUGGAGAUCCUGCAAUUAUCUUCGCAGAUAUGCCGGAGAAUGCGCGGCUUGAGAUUCACCAGCUGUAAGAGCGCGAAAGAUCGGACCGGUAUGUCCAUCACCCUCGAACAGGUCAACAUACUAUCAUCGGAGUAUCAUCUAGCUGAGCACGAGUACAUGAGAGCGCUCGAUUGCAUGCGAAGCGAGGGCUGCCGCCGGGAGAACACGUGGAAGAACAUUGGCGUACGCAAGUACGCGUUCAACAGCUUGCAGAUUCUCACGCUGCCCAGGCUUUACCGGCCGCCGACCGGCACGUACGGGUCUGCCCAGACUUAAGGAGUCCGACUAACAUUACGUAUGCACAUUACACGAAAACGAUUAAGUUUGACUCUGGCUGUGUAACCGCGGAUUGAUUUCCGUGGUACGCGUUAAGGUACGUAAUACUUGUUGCGGGAUAACGGAUGCUGAACGCCGACGCGCGUUCAGCCGAGCUGAUUCUUUCGAGAGUCUAUCGGGCGGGGGGGCACGCGACCGGCACGCGUCUCGCGCGUGUUAGGCGUACGAUACGAGAGGCAGGGGCGUAGCAAUAGGGUAGCGAAACUUCCGCGAGCCCAUUUAAGUUUAUUUCUUUUUUGUUGAAAUUGUUUCGGUGCGUUUAAAGAUUCGAUUUAAUUGUUGGCUGUGUAUAAGGGCUACGAGUCUUGUCUUAAUGACUCUAGCUGCGCUACCUGAAUGCAGCAAGUGCACUGUCGCCUAGAUUUGCGAUUGUAGAGUAGACACGAAUUAACGUAAGCCCACGAGGGGUGCCGUGCAAGAGUGAGCGAUAAAUUAUUUACGUAACGUAAUGGGGUCGGCUGGAAUAUUGCAAGGUGAGUGGGAUUAAAACAAGAAUUUUCUCGCGGAUUCGCUCCCGCGGUUUUGCUUUCCUAUUUUUGGAUAAUUCUUUCAGUAUCGUCAGCAGCUAUUACCGAUUUCUACUUUUCUUUUCAUGAAAACGGUUCAAGAAAAGUUCUUAGUUUUAAUCUGAUUCACCCUUUGUUCCAACCCACAAUUGUUGGCGAAUUUUUGCAAUACUGUGCUCGUAAUAUCGUAAACGUUAAAACUCGCGAGUUGUAAAUAGAUUUCUUGUAGAGGAACGCUAUUUCUUCGGAUUCGGAUUUCUUCGGGGAUUUCUCCGUGCAUUGCACGGGAUUUGUAGAGUUUACCGUAUUCACGGUAUUGCAAAAGAUCUCUAUUACAUCUAAUCGAAUCUAUCGUGUUCGUUGAAUCGAAUAUUCGCCUUUACGGGAAUAAGUAGCUCCGUGCCAUCUUCUGCCAUAUUAUUCCUCACGAACUGUUCGACGUUGGCCGACGUUCGAAAGAAUAUCGUGAGAGUACAUUGCAUAAUCGUUAUCCGAGAACGGAUGGCAUUGCACUUAACGGAGAGAAUGUUAUUCUCGCACGCGUAUGUGGUGCUGUGGGAAUUUCCAUGUUAUAUCUAACAUUUUGUCGUACAAAAAAGCCCAGACACGUAGGCACGUAGCCGUAAUUCCAUCACUUCCAAUUUAAUAAUCUACUAAUUACCGUACUCGUAAAUAUAGACGAUAGAUUCCGAGAAGGGGUGAACAUUGUUUUCAAUAAAUUAUUAAUUUUACCCG